CAGAAUAAAAGAAGCUACGCUCUGGAAAAUAACUUUAGUCUUCUAAGCAAGUGAACUAGGUGCGAAAAUGAAGUUAUUCGACAUAAAACUGACACUUUUCUUCGUGAAUAUAUUCCUUAUUAUCCACUGUGGCGGAACGAAGAAGGAAAAGAAGGCCAGCAGUAGUAAUAAUAAUGUAGAAAACAUCGCCGACAUUUUUGCUUACGUCGAUGAAGCGGUUAAAAAUUUCACAUUAAAAUUGACUGAUGAGAAAAAAAUUGUAAUGGUUUUGGGAAUAACUGGUUCUGGUAAAUCGACUUUAACGCUACACCUUUCUGGUGCCGAUUUAGAAGCGAUAGAAGAUCCAAUGGAUGGCACCAUUCGCAUUGUACAUAAUCUUAUUUCAAAUGAGACGUGGGCAUCAACGACAAUCGUGCCAAAUUUGUUGAUCGAUAAAAAAAAUCAAAUCGCCUACUAUGACUGUCCAGGAUUCAAAGAUAAUAACGAUGAAAUCAAAUACGAAAUUGCCAUUAAUUAUCUACUUAAAAAGUUAUGGGAACAUGCCAAACAGGUAAAACUUCUUUAUGUUUUGCCACAAGAUGCAUUUCAAGGAAGUAGUAGAGAUGGCUUAGAAGAAUUUGCCCUGCAUGGUGCUAUGAUGAUCACAGAUGUUGACCAUUAUAAAAAUGGUAUGGGUUUGGUAGUUACACGAGCUGAUCAUGCAAGAAAAGUGCCGGAUGACAAGCUUACGGCAUUUAAAGGCAAUUCACUGUUGCGCGGAAUGAACGGAUUGGACUAUCCUGACUUGGAAAUUGAAGAUAAAAUCAAACAUUUUGUUAAAAUAUUUUUAGAAAAAGAUGGUGAUAAAUAUAAGCGAAUUAGAAUUCAUCGAUUAGUAAGAGUUCCUGGAAAUUUGGACGAAAUGCCAGAAAUGGUUGAUGAAAAAAACUCCAUCACAGAUAUGGUAAAAUCACUUAAAUGGAUUGAUAAAAGAGAUAGCGAUUUUGGAUUUAGUUUGUCUGAGAAAGCCAUUUCCAUCAUUGGUAAAAUGAUCAAUAAAUUGGCUAAAAGUUUAGAUGAUGAUGAAUCUAAGAUUAGCGAAGAGAUCAAAGAAUUUUUUUCAAUCCAAAAGAACCAAGCUAUGGAUGUUAAAGAAAAAUUCGCUCUCUACGAAAAAGUACAACGAGCUUAUAAGGAAUUAUCUCAGAUCGCAUCUAAUCAUAACGAUAUUAAAUUGUUUGAAAGCGAACUUAAAAGUGCUACCUCUUCACUUGGUAUUCCAAUAUCGAAGCCACAUCGAGAUAGUUUGGAUAGACACAUUGAAAUGGUGUUUAAUUUUAUGAAAAUGAGCAAUUCCAAUUUACCGAGCUUCUUCAAAAUUGGAAACAAAUUGAAGAAAGCCAUCAACGAGCUCAACGAAGCUAAUGAAAAAUACAAACAGGCUAUAUACAAUGAGAUAAAUGAAGAUCUAAAAAAUGAGGUUCGUGCACUUUUCAGUGAAAUUGAAAUGUUUUAUUUAAAUCAGGAGAGUGAUGUCUCAGAUUUAUCUGUAUUAGACGAAAAAAUGCAUGCGGCAUUUAAAAAAUUAAAGUUCUCAUCCUAUUCGCCGACACCAGAAGUAUUUAUCAAAGAAAUUUUUAAGGAUUUGUCAGAUCUGAAACUCGAUGGAACAGGAAAAAUAACUGAAAUUUUAAAUAAAUUGAAGAAAAUUAUCAAUUUCAUAAUCUCCAUUGGAUACAAAAAUGACAAUGUAUUAUUAAAAUUAUUCAACGACCCAAGUGACAAAGUAAAAACUACAGAAAAGUAUCUGUCCGAUUCAUCGAAUUGGUACAGGUUUUUGUUGACUUUAUCCAAGUUUGAGGGGCAAUCUGACGACAAUCGCGAAAAAGCAAAGAAAAUAAUCGAGGAAAUAGCCCAACUUAUUCGUAACAAGGCAAGCCAUCUCAGCGAAAAUAUUUCAAAAUAUGCAUUAGCCAUGAAACUCACAUCUUUUGAUCUUAAGAAUAUUACAUUAAACACAUUUAAGCUGAAGUCGUUGGAAGCUUCAAUCAAUAUAAUCCAUAAUAAACCACCGCCAAAAACGCAGAAGGUAGAAUCGAAAUCAGAGAAACCGUUACCGAAAAACGAUGAACCAGAAAAUACCGAUAAACCAGAAAAGAACCCAACAAUUCAGAAAAUUGUCUUUAAAAACCCAAAAAUUGUCAUUAAAAAUCCGAAAGUCUUCGUAAGAAAACCUAUCGUGAAUAUUCCAAAAAUUCGUCGUAAUAAUCCUGUAAAGGCAUCAAAAUUGAAAAAAGAAUAAUCAUUUCCACCCAAAAUCUUUCCCACUUGAAUCUAAAAUGUCUUGAUUUAAAAUCAUAACAGCCAAUAUUUUUUGGUGCAUUUUUUGAUAGCUUAACUAAUAAAAUGAUCUUUUGGGACCGCUCCGUCACGUAGAAAAGUAUGAAAGUAUAUUUUAUUCACUUACAACAAUUUCUUUAUUGAUUCAAAUUGAUGCAUAAGUGUAAAUAAUAAAAAUUACAUUCAGAAAUA